AUGGAGUAAACGAUACAGUCAAAUGAAAUACUGCGGAAAUAGUUCCGUUUUUCCACCAUUCGCGGGAAGUUCUCGGACUCUAACCCACAUAGGGGAUCUGCUGUGUUGGUAGAGAUGUAUUCAACUGGCUGAAAUUCAAGGUGAAACACGGAGGAGCCCGAGGACAAAGCCGCGAUGGCGGGCACCUUUGGCCUCAAAGGCUGCCAGCAAAUUCGCGGUCCGCAGUUACGACAUCUUCUGGAGGCCAAGGAGUUCUUCCUGUUCGACUGCGACGGGGUCAUCUGGCACGGUGAGAAGGCUAUCACGGGCGCGGCCAAGGUAGUCAAGUCGCUUAUGAGUCGGGGCAAAAAUGUAGUGUUCGUCACCAACAAUUCCACCAGGCCGAGGGAGAAAUACGUCCACAAGUUCUACCGUCUGGGCUUCACCGACGUCGUCCUCGACCAAAUCUUCAGCUCGUCCUACUGCUCGGCUCUUUACCUGCGGGACGUGAUCAAGCUCCGAGGUCGGGUCUUCGUCAUAGGCUGCGACGGGCUUCGGGACGAGCUCCAGGAGGCGGGAAUCCCCUGUGUGGAGGAGGUGGACGAACCGGACGCUACCAUUUACAACUGCGCCCUGGCCCCGGACGUCAAGGCGGUACUGGUGGGCCACGACGACCAACUGACUUUCCUAAAGCUAGCUAAGGCCUCGUGCUACCUGAAGGACCCGGACUGCUUGUUCCUGGCAACCGACAACGACCCUUGGCACCCGCUGUCGAGUGGAAGGAUACUCCCAGGUUCCGGCUCACUCAUGGCAGCCCUGGAGGUGGCCUCUGGUCGCAAGGCCACCGUGAUCGGCAAGCCCAGCCGCUUCAUGUUCGAGUGCAUUUCCAGCCAGUUCCGGGGGGUGGACCCAACGCAGUGCCUAAUGGUGGGGGAUCGCCUGGAAACUGACAUGCUAUUCGGUUCCAACUGCGGCUUGGACACCAUGCUUACCCUCACUGGGGUCUCUCAGAUGGAGGAGGCCCACCAGUACAGAAAUAGUGAGGUGUCGUCCAAUCACAGCCUGGUACCGGACUAUGUGGUGGACACCAUUGCUGACUUCUUGCCUGCUUUUGAGGAACUGGAUGAAGAAAGCAAUUGAUGGCUUCUAUUAGACUGCAAGUGUGGCACAAUGUUAUUCAGUCAGCUUUCAGUAAUUCCAAGCAUACCUCAGUGUUAAGUGUUGUGCCCAAUUGUGAUUGAACUGUUCAAGUGUUUAAUGUAGUUGCACUUUGUUCAUGAGCCGUUUGCGUGUUUGAUACUGGCUUUGGAUGAGGUAUUUUGUAAAACCGUGAAGUGAACUAUAAGGCAGGAAUGAACAGACUGAUUCUUAACACAUUCUAUAAUGUAUAUUAAAAAACAAUUUGACAAUCUGUCACAGCUGCGCGAUAUGUGCCAAUAUUCAAAAUAUUGUAUAGGAGUGGUCCUGGAGGACAAACUUUAGCAACACUAGCAUAGCUAUGCUAACAUUACACUCACAAUUUAAUAGCAACGCCAUGCUAUGUUAGCCUAAUUGCUGAAAGGAAGAAAAAAAAAAAAACACCUCAAACUUGCAGCUCCCACAUCUAAUUGACCUGAUUCGCAGAACUCCAGACUUUAAGAUGUGUAGUGAAGCCUGCUUCUUUAAAGCUGUCCUUAAGUGGUGGGUGUAUAGUAUACAGCAAUUAAUUGCAUCAGUGUCUGUUUGCGCAGAGGCUACAAUCUGAAAUACUGUUUUUAUUCAUAUGUGAGCAAUUUCAAUUUUUGUUUGGAAGCCUGUCACACUGAUGGUGAAUGAUUAUAAUCGCACUGUAGUGAAUAUCACUGUUAGCAUAGCGAGCAUGUUGGCAACAAUAAAUAACUGCAUUUUAUGCUAAA